AUGGACCACCCCCACUUCCUGCUGAGGGUCCACAAGGCCCCCCCCCUCCCCAAGUAUUGUACCGUCUGCGUGAUUCUUCUGAACCUGAAGAAGAAUCUACAUCUCCACCACCACCCCCACCACCAACUGAACCUGAACCUGGACCUGAACCUGAACCUCAACCUGAACCUCCACCACCACCUGAACCUGAACCUGAAUAUGAACGUCCACCACCUCCUCCUCCACCUACAUCUCCUCCACCUUCCUCAGAAGAAUCAUCUGAGGAUUAUGAAAGUCAAUGACAGAGUUGGGAGCAACUCCAGAUCCUUCAAGAUGCUGCUGGUCCUGCUCUCAGCUGCCUCGCUGGGCCUGAGCUCAGUUCAGAGCUCAAGUGAAGAAUCCAACUAUUUCUGCAUGGCUUGUACCACCUGUCUCAGUGUCUUCUAUUUCCUUGAGAUAGCCAACUUCUCUAAUCUUGUUUUCCUCUGGAUGAAAUGCAGAAUUCACAAGAUGCUCCAUAACCCAAUGUUCACCAUUGCCUUUGUAGCACCACUGACCUCCUUUCUCCUCUUAAUCCUCUCCUUAUGGUCUCACAACAGCUAGAUGAAGGGUACAGGUCCUAAGGAUCUUAGCACAGAGGCCCAUGCAAGAGCCUUGAAAUUCAUGAUUUCAUUCCUACUUCUGUUCAUCACGUAUUUUAGCAAUACUAUGGUAAACCAUUUGUUUCUGCUGAUUUUAUGGAGCAGCAAAUUGAAACAGGCUUCUUUCUGUGUCCUGAGGAAGCUGGAGUGUUGCAUGAAUACAAGAAAACCUACAUUCCCAUAA